GGAAUAAUGACACUCAGCCGCGGCCCGUGUGACCUGGACAACAUGAGUCUGUUCCAAGACCUCAAGCUAAAGAGGCGGAAAGUUGACUCCAGAUGUAGUAGCGAUGGUGAGUCAGCUGCUGACACCAGCACGUCGUCGCCGGACCCAGGGCCACCGUCGCCGCGCAUGGCUGACGCGGGGUGCAGCACGCCACCACACCCGCCGCCCGUAUUUGACGGCGGCGGCUCACCUACACCAUCUCCCGCCUGCCACCCCACCGUCAUCCGAUCUGCGCCACCUUAUUCCUGUAUCAAGUUCGAGGGAGCACCAGCUCCCAUCAAGACGGAAAAUUCUUUAGCGAACAAGCACGAUGGGGUCAUUCCUUCGCAACUUUCUACCAUCAAAUCAGAAGGAACACCCCCUGAACUACCCCAGCCGUACAGACCACGUUCGGUGGUCCCACCGCCGUCUAGUUCCCACUCUUCCCUCACACCUGGACCGUGGCCAUCUACCGCUUGUAUCAACGGUGUCAAACCAGAAUUAAUAGGUGGUCAUUUUCCACCUCAACCAUUGGAACCUAAAGGCGGUGCUAGGGGAUCGACGCAAUGGCGAGGUGCACCAGCAGUUAUUAUGGGUGAAUCGGGUGGUGUUCGGACGAUGUUUUGGACUUUACCUGCUUCCUCUGCUACUAGUGAACCAGCUGCUAGUGCAUCGCAUACUCCAACGCCGCCGACACCAGAUCCUAGUACGUGUACAGAAGAAUCAGCAGCAAGAUUGCUUCUUAACUUGGGUGGAGAGUUAAGGCGACCGCGAGGACCGCCUUUAAAUAUGGAAUUACUUUGGGCGGGCGAUGUAUCACAGUUACCAGCGCACCAACAACUUCAUGCUUUGAACUUAAGCGCUGCUGCCGGCAGCAUGCCAGGUGCAUCCGCACUACCAGGGGCAAGCUCACUCAAUUUACAGAGGCCUGAAAUGCGAACUUAUGCACCAGAAACGGAGCGAGAUGAAGACGAUCAACCCAUGAUUUGUAUGAUAUGUGAGGAUAAAGCAACAGGACUACAUUACGGUAUAAUCACGUGUGAAGGUUGUAAAGGUUUUUUCAAAAGGACUGUACAAAACCGACGAGUUUACACGUGUGUUGCUGAUGGAGGCUGUGAAAUCACGAAAGCACAAAGAAAUAGAUGCCAAUAUUGCCGAUUUAAAAAAUGUAUUGAACAGGGAAUGGUAUUACAAGCUGUUCGUGAAGAUCGGAUGCCUGGUGGUAGGAACAGUGGCGCUGUCUACAAUCUAUACAAAGUUAAAUAUAAGAAAAAAAAGGCAGGCAAAGCAGCAACGGCAACAAGUCGAGCGUCGCCGCCUGAAAAACCAAAAGAACCUUUACCACCGCUCCCACCGCACCUCGUUAAUGGAACCAUACUUAAGACUGCAUUAACCAACCCUAGCGAGGUGCAACAUUUGAGAGCACAGCUUGAAAGCGCCGUAUCAUCAUCCCGAGAUCGUGCUAUACCUCUGGAACGAGCGUUACACAUGAUCCGGGCGUUGAUAGACUGUGACGCGAUGGAGGAUAUUGCGACUGUCCGACACUUACCAGACCUAUUACAUGACACGUCAGAAAUAGGCGACAAACUCUGUAAGAUCGGUGACUCAAUCGUCCACAAGAUGGUGGCGUGGACGAAAAAGUUACCGUUCAUCAUGGAGAUACCUAUGGAAAUACAUUCAAAAUUAUUAAUGGAGAAGUGGCACGAGAUCUCAGUACUAACAACGGCGGCGUACCAGGCGAUGCAUGGGAAGCACGCUCACGCGCCGCCUUCAUCGGACCACGAACAUGAUUUUAUGCAAGAGGUUAAUGCCAAUCUGCGGACGUUACAAAAUUGCCUAACAUCAUUGAUGGGGAGACCCAUCACGUUGGAACAGCUGCGACUUGACGUCGGGCUGGUGGUGGAGAAAAUGACGCAGAUCACGUGUGUGUUCCGACGCAUCCAGCUCAGGAUGGAGGAGUACGUUUGUCUCAAGGUCUACAUACUGUUAAAUCAAGAAGUAGAACUGGAAGGCAUCCAGGACCGCUACGUGCAGGUGCUACGGAGUUACCUCGAGCACGCGGCGCCCCACCACCCUGGCCGUCUCCAAGAACUCUUUGCCAGAAUACCUGAAAUCCAAGCCGCAGCGAACCUCCUUCUCGAAAGCAAAAUGUUUUACGUACCUUUCGUAUUGAACUCUGCUGAGAUCAGAUAGUACAUGGCGCAGCAGGGUGUCUAGUUCUCGAUGUACGAGAGACUGGCCCCCCACCCGCAACCCCGCUGCACCCUCGUCUUAUGAUUACCGCACACCAAGCUGUGUUCACCAGUCCAGCACAAGAGUUCGUACAAAUAUUCCUAACGCUCGGCUCCCGACAAUAACGUCACAUAGUUGACGAUAACAACGAGGUUAUAUUCGAUGCUGCGAACUCAAAUUAGCUGAUUACAUCUCUGUAUAUUUGGAGCGGCACAAGUUUGAAUUUAAAAGACGAGCAUACGGAAUGUUGAUGGAGUGUUCCAGACUUCAGUGUAAACCUGAUCAAACUCGAUCGCGGCGCAAUAGUGAUGGGUUCGAGUGUAAAGAAAGACAGUGCGGUAUUAUAUACCCAUUUUGAGUCGAUGAGUGUAUUGGUAUAAUGUUUAGUAGAGGAAUUAAAACGUCCCAAUUGACAGACUGAUUUAUUAUAAAAUACCUAGUGAUUAAGUAUCAGGGACUUGAAUGCGUGUUUUAUACGUGGUAGUGUAUACUAAUUAGUGUUAAAUAGAAUAAAAUAUAUGAUUAUGUUACUAUUUAAUGUUUGUCAGUCGAAAAAUCGCAUAAUAUAUAAAUAUAAUAAUUAUUUCUGUAAAUAUAGAGCGUAGUUUACAAAAUAAACGUUGUUUUUAGACAGAAUUGUUUCUUGUAAAUGAAAUAUUGCUGUUUUUGUUUGCAUUUUAUAUCGUAUAGGUAUCCACUAGCGUUUAAAUUCGAUCGGAAGGAAACUUUCUAAUUUAAUUUUAUAUGACUUGUUUGUAAAUUAGGUAAGUAAGUAGCACUAAGUACGUACCUACUCUCAGUGUUUACCAAGACUGCUUGUAUACAACUAUUAAUCUUUUAUACACUAAUUUAUAGUGGUCUCGCUCGGUUCUUAAUAGUCACAACUAAUGCAUUUUUAUUACCAAUAUUUCGCAUAACACUUACGCAUGUUACUACUAUGUUUCUAUGUAAAUAGAACCACAUCUCAUUCUAAUUAGCUUUAAGCAACCGUAGACUGUUCUGUCUGCACUAGCGUGUGCUAUGGUUUCUUUUAAAUGCUAUGCUCUAUGUUAUUCUAACCGACCGAGAUUCUGUUCUUGAGGUGCUUCAAGUUAUACUUUGCUUCCUUUGAUGUGUUCAUAUUUUCGCGCUCAAUCUGUCGUUCUAUUCGACGAUCCAAUUAAAGUGUAUUAUAAAAAAUUAUAUGUUUCAUAGAUCAUUAAUUUCAUUCAUUAAUAUUUUAAUAAAUAUCAUUUGAGUUUGGUUUUAAUCUUGAGAUGAAACGAUUGUAUCAUCUCAAGAUUAUUAGUGCUAACGUAUAAAUAAUUUGGAAUAAAAAUUUUGCAAGAUACUGAGCGCCACAUAUUUACAAUAGAUAUUAGGCUACACGAUUAUUUUUCAUAAUUCACAAAUAAACACUGACUAGAAUUUAUUUUAUCGACAGUUAAAGUUUCUAACUUGAUCAUACUUACAAUUAUUUUUAUAAAAGCGGAACAUACACCUUGUUCAAUAUUUUCCAUACCAUCAUCUCUAGAACAUGUCAUCACUGAUAGCACAAUAAAAUAACGUUAGUAUAUCACAUCAUAUAAAAUAAAUAUACGAACUACUAAUACUAACUAUUAUAAUUAAUCAUCAUUAAAUUAUAUCAUAGUUAACAUUUCUUAUCAUAUAACUCGGUAUCAAACAAUAUACUAAGUCAUAAUACAAAUAAUACUUAUAUUUAAAAAAGAAACUCAUCUCAAUUGGUCCUAAGUGAUAAUAGAUUCCGAUCUUAAUACUGUCAGUAAUCACUGCCUUGACUUUUUAAAGUUGUUUGCCGUUAUCGUUAUAAACUCGUAUUAAAGGUUAAUAUUAAAUUGUAAUAAACGUUCCAUCAACGGUGAACAGUUACCAUUAGCUGUAGGAGGGCGUUUGCUCUGUUAAAAUUAAGUAAUACAACCAAAAAGUUCGUUCUAGGGACUUAGGUUCUAGUUAACAAAUGGUGUAUGCCUUAGCGUUGUCUAAAUUCGAUGUCAACAUUAUAAUAGAGAUAUAUAUUUUUUUUUGUAUACUUUAAAUAAACAUUUUUCUCUAAUAAAGGGUUAACAAUUUCGGAAUCCUGUUACCUGAAUGUGCGACACACGUCCGUUCCUCUUCUUGUUACCAUUAAUUAAGAGUUAGCAAUUAUUAAUGUGUUUGUAAAUUGUAAGUAAUUAGUUUGAAUACAACCAGUUAUGAUACUGCCAUCAAAUGCCUAAAUAGUUUGUCAGUUAAUUUUGUUAUAAUUUACGUACGUCUAGUUAAGUUAAUGAUGUUGGUGAAAUUAUUAGUUAAAUUUUGUGAUAAGUAUGUGAAUGUGAUACGUAUCAAUUCACAUUUAAUAUCGGUCUCACCGCCCAUGUUUUUAUUUCACCAUUUACGGGUCGGUGAACACGACAAUUCGAUAACUAUAUUAAUUUAUUCAUUUCUAUCUAACUUAAUUAAAUGUAAUUAAUUAGUUUGUAAAUGCACCAUCAGGACGACGGUGGUAAAUCUAAAGUCUGAGGUAAAGAUGCCUUUAUAGAUUUUUAAACAAUUAAUGACGGAAAUCGUAAAUAAAAAUAACUAUAAUCGCGAAACGUGCAUCGUUCUACUAAUAUGUAAAUGCUAAUGUAAGUAAUAUUGACACUUAUUUUGUUAGUAGCUUAGUGUUAAGGCGAAAAUAACGGCAGUCUAUCAGUGGGAAUUUUAGAUUUUUAAGGAUGUUAUUGGCAUUGUACAAACGAUAGUGUUGUUAAUUAAAUUAAACUAUCAAAUUGGCGCAUUACUGGCGAGUACCUAAUUAGUAUAGUACUUGAGUAGCCCAAAGAGGCUAGACAUGUAAAUAAAAAAAAAACUGUUACAUGUAAAAUGGCCACUCGCUUUCCGUUGCCCUUCUGGAUAUUUUUACUUGAGGAUCAUAGGCUUUUUCGCCUUUUUAAUGUGACAUUUUGAAACUUUUGCACUUUAAACGUAACGAAAAUAGUACAGAAUGCAAUAAGACAUGGUGAUAGUUCAAUGAUUUGCUUCUGCUUACAGUUUUCUUUGAACUAUAAUCGAUCAUCUCAUUAGUGUGUACGAUCUAGCUUGACCGUCGAGCAUAGUUUAGUUGUCACUACAAUAUAAAGAAAUAAAUCAUUCAAUGAAAAAUACACUUUGUACAAAAUAUAAAACAGAAGAAUUACUUCAGUUCAUCAAAAAUAUUUUCGUAAACUUACAAAUUUAAAUAAAACCGGAACAGCUCUAAAAGUCAAAAUAAUUUUAUUAUUACUUAUAAAAUGUAUAACUCUUUAUGUACGCGACACUAACUGCUCAGCCAACGGUCAGUAGUUAAUACUGCGAAAAUAUUUUGACUGAUAUUAGUAAAUAAACAUAAUAUAUUAUUACGUAUAAGUGUGUAACAAAAACUUAAUGCAUUUCACAGUUUCUUUACAAUCCAUAAGAAAAUUACGUCUAUAAGAUAUCGUGACGAAAUAUUUUCACAUUCAUAGUGUAAGAUAAGGUUUGUUGUGUAUAAAAUAAUAGUGUUUCAUGUAUUUCGGGUAAAAGAGGGUUGAAAUGUGUACAUUAGACAUUGUAAUAAAAUAGUUAUAAAAGAAUACGUGUGUAACGCCGUAAAAGAAUAUAUAUUUGGAAAUGUUGAAGAGUGUUUGUUGUAUGUAAUACUUAAUUACAAAUAACAGAUAGAUAUUUGAACUCUAUUAGAUAUCUGUUCUACAAAUUAUUUUAUUCAGGUACAUAAAAUUACCUAUCAAAUACAGUUUUAGUUACAGUCAACAAACAAACACGUAAAGCUUAACGUGUUGAUUUUAUUUAUGCGAAAAAAAAAUAUUGUUUACAGAUAAUUAAAUGCCUACAUACUUUAAACUUUUAAUCUCUAUUAUAUUUUUAUCUAUGAUACUAUCCAUCAUUGUACCCACUAAAAGUAAUAAUGAGAGAAAAAAACAGCAAAUAGAGAAAGGAGAUUUAAUAAAAAAUAUCACAUCACAAAUUAACUUAACAAUAACAUGCACUUAAAAUAGCUACAAGGGAGUUGUGUGGUUGAGUGUGCUAUAUUCACGUAUUUAGUUGGGCUCGCUCAAUACCAAGACUUAUUGCUUUCCGAACUAGCAUACUUAUAUGUUAAGUAUUAUUGUAACCUAAGGGUUCUUAUUUACUUGUAGUGAAUCACAAUUAGUUGCUGAUCGCAGUACUGUUCUCGUUGGAUCUAAGGCUGUUUAUAAACGACCAAGUUUUGGGGUACAUGUGAACUAAGAAUAGGAUUAUCGCGAUGUCGUUUUAAUAUCGCUACUUGCGUAGUGAAAAAUAAUAUCACGACAGUUCUAAUUUUUGUUAUCCGCGUUUGCUAUGUAUGUAAAGAACUUUAACUCGUUUGUGGUGCGCCGCGUGUUAGUCAAUGGAAUGCAUACGGUUUGCCAAGAGAAGUUACCUACAGUUGUGUUUAGUUAGCGAUGCAUAACAUGUUUGUACUUUAAUUUGUUUUUUAGUUAUACUCUUGGAAAUCAAUGGUUAAUAAUUUAAGAAAAUAAAAUGUAUGUC